AUGGAGGCCGCCCUGGAACAAGCAACACAACAAGGUGCAGAAAGUGCCAAACUGGAGGUGAAAUCUUCCAGGGCAGCCUUGGCGGCUGCGAAGGUGGAAGGUGCAAAGGAGCUUCCAAAGGGCUCAGUGGUGGGUUUCCUGAAAAUGAUGGCGGAAGGUGCCCCACUUUGGAAGCUAUGCGCAGGCAAAGGCAAGUGGCAGCAACGCUUUCUGGCGCUGACGCCAGGACCGCCGGCAGCAGCAAAGAGCCUUACUUGGUCAACAGAUGCCAAGUAUAUGGGUCGAAGAAUCUUUGGGCGACCCACCUGCGUCGACAUCAAGGAGGUCGUCCAGAUCAGCUUCGGCGCAGAAGCCUUGCCAGCCGGUCAGAGAGAUAAGGAGACAGAACCUUGGUGUUGCUUCUCUGUUUGGACUCCAAAGCGAUCCUUUCACUUCAAGGCAGAGAAUGAGAAGAUUGCGGAGAACUUUGUCCUGGGCCUCUCUCGGCUUUGUCCUGGUUCCAAGCCCAUUUUCAGAAGCCAGCUAUUGCUGCAGCGUGCACUAGGCAAGCUGGGACCGGAUGCAAAAUCCCGUGCUGCUGUCUUGUCCAAAGCAUUACGACAGGCAGCUGCAAGCCGCAGCCCCCUUUGA